AUGCCCCAAAUGACCGAUCAGCUUACUGGCAGCGGCGCAGAAGCUUUGGCAGAGACUCUUGCACGACUCUCUAAGAAACCCGGGGUAGAGGCGACACUGGUGCUUGAAACUUCUAGUGGUACCAUCAUUCAGAACUCGGGAUCGUUUUCAGCCUUCCGUUCAGCCUCUAGAUCAAACAGUACUAGUGUUGCGACUGAAGAUUCGAGCACAGCAGCCAACACGGAGAGCCAAGGUAUCGAAGAAUUAGCUUCUAUGGUAUGGAGUUUUGUGAAAUCAGCCGGGGGACUUGUGCAGGGACUAGAUGUUGAGGAUGAGGUUAAACUCCUGCGUCUACGAACGAAGAAACAUGAGCUUGUGAUUGUCCCGGAUCCAAAAUACAUACUCGUUGUUGUGCAUGAGACACCCCCAGCGUAAGGAAGAAGCGCAGGAAAAAUUUAGUUUACCCAUGUCGAUGGAACGGCGUUCAAUACCCAAGGAGCAUUUCACGGCGUUAUAGUUUAUAUGAGAGGAUAUCUUAAUGACAUAAAUCAUGCAAA